AUGGGUUUGUUAGGCUCUACUCAUUCCAAAGUUAAGCAAGCCAGAAUCCUUCUACUUGGCUUGGACGCAGCAGGAAAAUCUACUGUACUCUAUAGAUUCAAAUUUAAAGAGCCUUUUUCAACGAUCCCAACAGUUGGAUUUAAUGUAGAGAUGAUACAAACAGAGAAGCACCUGCAAUUAACUAUAUGGGACAUUGGAGGACAGGAGAAGUUGAGAUCAUUCUGGUGUUAUUACUUUGAAAACACAGAUGGGCUUGUAUAUGUGGUAGACAGCACCAAUAAGCAAACACUAGAUGAGGCAAAGAAAGAAUUUCAGUUCAUCGUGCAGAAUGAGCUGAUAAAGAACGUGCCAGUGGUUGUGCUAGCCAACAAGCAAGAUCUUCCUGGAGCACUGAAUGCAGAUGACAUAACUCGAAAAUUUAAUAUGAAGAAGCAUUGCUCUGAUCGGGACUGGUACGUGCAGCCAUGCUGUGCCCUCUCAGGCCAGGGAUUGACUGAAGGCUUCAAUAAAGUGACUGAAUUUGUGAAAAGGUCAAAAGAAGAUGCCCUAAGCUUUUCCAAGCAGAAUGUAAGACUUAAAACAUCGCGAAGAGUAUGA